GUUCGGAAAGCUACGAGGUGGACUUUUCCGUGUUCUUAAGGAACAUAUGAAGACUGAAAACAUCCUUGGAACUUUACUUUGGACCUUUGGAUGACUUCACAGUUCACACUUCUGGUCUUCCAUACCUUGUUUCUACUUCCUUCAUCUUCACACCCCCAUUUGAUACACACAACGAAUAUAAGAAAGUGUUAAAUUCCUGCUAAGCUAAGCUAUCGAGACACACUGGAGAGAUGGGUUGGGGAGCUUUUCUCAAGCUUUUUGCAUACUUCUUCACUCUUCUAUCUUGGCCUUCAUUCACUUUGCUUUAUUCUGUGUAUGCUUCGUUCCUGGCAAUAGAGAGUGGUUCCAGCUCCAGAAAUCGGCAAUGUCUCACCUAUUGGGUUCUGUUUUCUUUGGUUAAAGUCUUGGAGUCUUCGUUUGUAAAUCUUUCUGAAUGGCAUCCAUUCUGGUCUUAUGCCAAGGGUACGGCAACUUUCUUGUUGGUGAUACCUUACUUUGGUGGUGCUUCUUAUGUCUACAAGCAUUUUAUUAGUCCCUAUAUUUCUGAGCAGAAAUGGAACAUUUUGUUCAUAUCUAGAAGGGAGGGGUUCAGAGUGACUGAGCAGGACACCUCUUUUGAUACCACCGAGGGAAACGAUAUCAAAAAUGAACUGGAAGAAAAGGAGAAACACAUCAUAUGUCAGGGAGUACCAGAUCCCAGUUAUGACAGUAUAAAAAGAAAUGUUACUCAGCCUACCAGUCCAAAGAAAGUUCAGAAGGAGUGGAGCUGCGCUCUUUGUUUGGUAAGCACUUCUAGUGAGAAAUCUUUGAAGGAACACCUCCUAGGGAAGAAGCACAAGGCUAAGCAAGCAGAAGUGGAAAAGUUCCCAAUGAAGAGUGAAAGCAAGUCUUCUAACAAGCUGAAAAAAAACAGUGAGACAGUUUUUUUCCAGAAGCUCAACCAAAUACUGAUGCUUAAAUCAAUUAGACUGUGUAGAUGGAAAAAGCCAGAGUUUGGAUGGACAAAAUUAAAUACUGAUGGAUCUGUAGAUCGUGAAAAUGCUGGCUUUGGAGGAUUACUUAGAGAUUACAAGGGUGACCCAAUAUGUGCCUUUGUCUCUAAGGCACCUGGAGAUGAUAUCUUCUUUGUUGAACUAUGGGCUAUAUGGAGAGGCCUUGUUCUUGCUGCAAAUAUUGGCAUUAAAGUGAUAUGGGUCGAGUCUGAUUCAAUGAGUGCUGUGAAAACCAUUAAUAGAGAGCAGCCUUUAAGUCCAAAGGUUGCUAUCUGCUUGAAGCAUAUAUGGAAGCUUCUAAGAAAGUUUAAUAAGUAUAAAGUUUCUCAUUCUUGGCGUGAGACUAAUAGAGCAGCUGAUCAUCUUGCAAAGAUGGCUGUUUUGGGAAGUGAUGUGGUUUUAUGGCCUGCUAAUUUUCCGAGGAGCCUUUGCAACAUCAUUAACGAUGAUGCACAAGGAAAGAUUUACUACAGAAUGUGACUUAUUUGUCUAGUCUGAGACUACCAUCCAAUUAACAACUCCCUCCCCAACUCAUCCAAAAAAACUAGAGAACAAGAUGGCUUUCCUUUGAUAAAGGCAAAAGCUUGGGUAUCCAAUCCAGUAUUAUAGGUGAGGCUGAUCGGAAGUUGUGUGGUGUUAAGGUAGUAUGUGCGCAAUACGUGCCUUUUGGACACAAUGAAUUGCGACAUAGAUGAAAGCAGAGAGUGUAAAAAUUCUGUGGUCUUGUCAAGUAAAAAAAUGCUGGACUGCAUUUUGCUUCAGACAAAUGUACAUUGCAAUUUGUAAAUGGAUGGUAGCAUUUUGUUUUGAAAUGGAAAAUGAUGAGUUUUCCUUUUA